UGUGUAACAUGUUAGGAAAUACAUUCAAUGCCCUUUAUUGCGAAGGCAAAACUGCGUCUAUGGCGGGAUUGAAGAAAAAGUUAAAAGAAGCCGUGAAGGUCAUCAGCUCAGGUAGCCUCCUGUUUGCUUCCUACCUCACUGUGACUGGAGAUGAGCGUUUCUAUGCCAACCAGCUGAUGCCCCUGCUGCAGAGGAUUGUGGGGCCUGAGACAGCCCAUGUGCUGGCAGUGAAGAUGAUAGGUUUGGGUCUGGUACCUCUGAACCGUUACCAGGACCCUGCGUCAUUGGAAGUCAACGUCCUUGGGUUAAAGUUCAAAAACCCGAUUGGGAUUGCGGCCGGCUUCGACAAGCACGGAGAAGCCAUUGAUGGCUUGUACAAACUGGGCUUUGGCUUUGUUGAGGUGGGGACAGUUACUCCCAAACCUCAGGAGGGGAACCCGAAGCCACGUGUGUUUCGCCUCACUGCAGAUAAUGCAAUAAUCAACAGAUAUGGAUUCAACAGCUGUGGUUUGGCAGAAGUACACACGAGGCUGAAGGCCAGAGAAGAAACACAGCAAGGUCGAAGUAAAGCUGGCCUUCCCCUCGGCAUCAACCUGGGGAAGAACAAGCUGUCACAGGAUGCGGGGGCAGAUUAUCUGGAGGGCGUGAAAGUGCUGGGCCCGCUGGCCGACUACCUGGUGGUCAACGUUAGCAGCCCUAAUACACCAGGUCUACGGGAUCUACAGGGCAAGGCUGAGCUUCGCCAGCUUCUGCACACAGUGCAGAAGGAACGUGACGCCCUGCAGGAACAGCGUAAACCUCCCGUCCUGGUGAAGAUUGCUCCAGACCUGACUGCCCAAGACAAACAAGACAUUGCUGAUGUCGUCACUGAGCUGGGAGUGGAUGGUUUAAUGGUGUCUAACACCACUGUGUCAAGGCCAGAGACACUUCAGGACCCAAAUAAGUCUGAAGUUGGAGGGCUGAGUGGAGAACCUCUCAGAGACCUCUCUACUACAACUGUCAGAGAGAUGUACAACCUCACCAAAGGUAAAAUACCAAUUAUUGGGAUUGGCGGUGUUGCUAGUGGGCAGGAUGCGAUGGAUAAGAUCCGUGCUGGUGCAUCAUUGGUUCAGCUCUACACUGCUUUGACCUAUCAGGGUCCACCUGUAGUGAUAAAGAUAAAGCGAGAACUGGAACAGCUUCUUAAAGAUCAGGGUUUCAGCAGUGUGUCCGAGGCAGUUGGAGCUGAUCACAGGCAGAGCAGAUGAGUCGACUCCUAAGCAGAGCCCACAUCGAGAGAUGGGGGAUUGCUAAUGUAGCCAGCCGUGGCUCCUGAACUGGGGUGAAUCCGGAGUUUUUAUUAUCCGUCCAUCUUGUUUUCCAGGGUGGAGUACACAUUAUGGUCUGAAAUCACAGUAAAAACCAGUAAGUGAGUAAUGAUCAGUGUUUUAUGUUGUCGUAAGUAUUAAGAACCUGAGAUCUGUACCUUGAUUUCAGACAUUCAGACUUUGUUACAGUGUAACAGCAGUUGGUGUUUCUCACAUGCAGACCUAAACCUUUCAAGCCCCCCCAACUGAUUUUUAAUGAUGCAGACUUUUCGUCAGCGUGAAGAAAAUCAUUGUUUGUGAUGCAGAGUAUAUGACCUUGAAACAUAUUUGUAAUGGUAUUGUGUGAAAAUAAAAUCAAAGACUUUAAAGGCUCAGAUACCAUCAAGUCAUUUAUUUUGCUGUGAAACAUCACAGGAGCAUACUUGAAGGACUUGAACUGUUUCAUGGUGGAGCUUCAAGUUACAAAGAAGAAUGCCCUGAACCUGACAACAUGCACCAAGUAAAACGGAUAGUUUUGUUAUUCAUUUCCCUGCUCAGAGAAUGUCGUGAUUUGAAAUGAGCCACAAAGGCCAGUAUUCAGGAAUUGCUGGGCUGAUAAAUUUUCAGAGCACUUGUUUUGUUCUGGUGUAUUCUGAAUAUGAGAGUGCUUUGAAACGUUUGCAGGUGACGCAUUAGAAAGAUUCUAGACUUAUUUCUGAUUCAGUGUGUAAAACGUACCUUUUUCACUUCAAAGAUCAAAACCCAACUUGUGUUCUGAAAGGUAACCACUACUGAAAGCCCAUGUUUAUCACUAUCCAGAGGAUCCAAUAAGCUGAAUGUGUUGACUUCUCAUACUAACAAAAAUGAAGUUUUACCUCCUCUUAGAAUCUGUUUUCAGUGCUGUGACGCUCCUCAAAGGAUAAACAUCUUUCAGUUUCCUCUAACAGCCUGCCUUUAGCCGUCAAGUAGAUUAAAUACACCACUACAUUUUGCAUUUGGUCAGAUCACUUGGUGCUAAAGAAGACUUUGAAAUGGAA